GUGUCCAAGGGCCCUUUAUGACCCGUGGUGACAGAGGUGCUGCUGGUGACACGGCCACAGUGUCAACAGUGCUCCUCGGAGCAGGCGACGGGACAGGACGGGACAGAGCGGUGCUGUGCGGAGCCCCCGCGCAGCCAACUCGUGCCUUGCUGACCCGGAGAUUUUGGAGGAUUUUCUCGCUUUCAGGUGACCUCGAGGCAUUUCCACAGGACUUGGAGACCCGGAGUUUCUCCGAGGUGUCUCUAAUCCCUGUGGCAGGUGCCCUUGAGACCCUUUUGCAGGACUUGGAGACCCGGAGCUUCUCCGAGGUGUCUCCAAUCCCUGCGGCAGGUGGCCUCAAGGCCAUUCUGCAACUUAGGCCCGGAGUUUCUCCGAGGUUCUCUUUCUCUCUUGCAGGUGCCCUGGACACCAGACUGUGGCAUGGCAGGGAGACGCUUCAGCCUGCUCAGGCUGUUCCGGAGGAAGAAGGAGGAGGAAAGCCCUGGAGCUGCUCCAGCACAGCAGCCUGAAGAGGUGCAGCAGGUGCAGCCCCCGCAGGAGGAUGCAGGCCAGGAGCGGACAGAAGAGCAGCUCCGUGCCCGUGGCCGCUUCCGCAGGGCAGCACAGCUGGUUUGCAGAUUCAUCAGGGGCAUUUGGCAUGAAGAGGCCACUUUCAUGGCCACUGGGGACACGGCAAACUCAGACCUCUUCAAUGCCCAGACCAGCGCUGCCCUGCUGGAUUUGCUUGUGGAGAACGGUGUCUACAAAGCGAAGCAAGUGCCGGCCAUAGUCAGGUGCAUCCAUCAGUGGCUCACGUCCAAUGUGUCUGCUGAGCACAGGCUGGACAAGACUCUUGUCCUGCUGACCGAGGCACACCCCACGGAUGUUGCAGUGACCCUGCUGCGCUCUGCCCCAGCCUGUGACAGAGCUGCUCGCACCAUGUGGAAGACGCUCAUCUCCUCCAGACGGACUAAGGAGCCGGUGCUGCAGAUCCUCUUCCAUGUGCUGGAAUACUGGCCAGCGCACAGGAGACGCACCUCUGAUGGGGAUGAGAGGGAUGUCUUUGCCCUGGCUGCAACUGUGGCACUCUGGGAGAUCCUCCAGCUGUCCCACUCCUGGUGCCCAGGGGGAGUGAAGAACAAUUCCCCCCGCCUCCUUCUGACUCUGCUCUUCCAAGUUUUCAUCAGCACAGAGGAGAUGUCAGAGGAGGUCGAGACCUUCUGGAGGCGAUGCCGGGAGCAGCGCAGCCUUCCCCCCAACCCCAACAGGUUUGCAGUGCAGACCGUUAAAGCCCUGCUGCGCCAGCUGCUGGAUGAGGACGUGCUGAUGGCGAUCGGUCGCAAGUGUGGCUGGGACAUGCUCCUCAAGGCUGACACCCACCACUAUGCAGUGGGUCUGCUGGCCAGGGAGCUGUGCCGUUUCUCCCGCUCCUUCUGCCGCAGCAUCGCCGUCAGCCUGCUCCCGCGGCUCAGCAGGGGAGAGCCCCUGUGGGAACUGCCUGCCCUGGCGUUCCUGGUGGAGGUCCUGCACUGCCUGAACCCCAGACAAUGUGGGCCCAGCGUCCUGCAGAUCAUUUCCAGGCACCUGCGCAGGCAGUGCCCGGAGAGGCGUCGCCUGGCGCUCCGAGGCCUGCUGGUGCUCAGCAAGGCUCCCUCAAUGGCUAAGAGCAUCCGGAGCCUGAAUGAAAGCCUCCUGGAGCUACUGCAGGAUGCAGACACAGACACAGUUCAGAUGACUCUCUCUGUGUUCAUCAAUGUGCUGGGCUUGAAAGUCAUCGAAAUAUCCAGCCCAAUAGCCCUGAAGUUGCUUGAGGUGCUGCGGCCACUCUUUGACAACGAGCACAGCCAGCUGCAGCAGCUCUCCAUGCUCCUCUUCCGGGAGCUGAUGGAGGCGACAGAGAGGAGCAAGAGCCUAAAGCCACACGUGUACCUGAGUCUGGUGCCAUUCUACUUCAACUGGCACAAUGAGAACCAGCGUGUGGCAGAGGCCUCUCGGAGAGCACUGUUUGGUGCAGCCAAGUUCCUGCAGUGGAGGGCUCUUGAGCAGUUGGUGACCAUGGAGCAACCAUGGAGGUUUCCUGAGUGCCUGGUAAGGACGGCCCCAAAGCCCCAGCCCCUGGCUCCCCUGGAGCACCCAGCCCUCUGCUCCCCCCAAACCCGGCCCCAGCGGCUGCUGGCCAGGCCUCAGGGCUCUGCGGGCAGGGGAGCCCCGUGCUGGGGGCAGGGAGCGCCCGGCCAAGGGGCAGAGCCUGAGCCGAGCCUUCCCUCCGUGCCCUGGCGCUCUUUGCAGCUGGAAAAGGACAGGAGCCGAGUGGGCCAGUACGUGCGCCAGGCCCUGCCGUUCCUGGAGAGCCCAGAGGAGCCCCUGCGAAAGCUGGCCAUCAAGUUUCUGGGGAUCGCCGCCAGGUCCAUGAAGCAGGAGCAGCCAGAGCUGCAGCUCAUCUGCCAGGCCCUUCAAGGCAUCACUGAUGACAGCCCUGCCGUCUCAGACCUGGCCCUUCAAACGCUUCACAUCAUCAGAGCUGUACGGAGAACUUCAUUCUUCCCAUUCUGGUAG